AUGUGUCAUACAGCGCUAUUGUUUGCGUUACAGAUUUUCUAUGCUCAAGCAAACUGUACGCGGACGGAUUGGGUAUGUAACAAGGAAUGUCGAUUGGAAUAUCUGAACCAGAGCACCGGGAUCUGUGUGAAGCCACUACCGGAAGAAAAUUGUUUUGGGACGCCGAUCCGCUACAACUUUGUUCUGGAUAAGCCAGUCCUGGACGAUCUGCCGAAAUAUAAAGUGAUCAGCAAAUUCCCCAGAUGCUGGUCAGUGAUGGGACCGUUGCUCUGUGCUGUGGCUUAUCGACCGUGCGCAAAUCGAUCGUUUUUCGAGUAUUCAAUGAAAGAAGUAUGUAUUGGCAGUUAUAUUUCCCAUUUUUUUUUGUCACUUCCUAAGAGUAAUUAUUUCCCAGUGAUACUCCAUUAA